UCUGAUAUUCUCGCAGUUUCGCGGGAUAUCGUCAGGUCGCGAGUGGUUGUCGUGUCCGAUUCCCCCUCACUCGAUUAAAAGCGAAACGAACAAAAAAAGAAGAAGAACCAAAAAUGAUAGGCUACUGAAUUAAGUAUCUAUCAGACUCGCCAUCAUCGUUCGCGGCACAGAAAAAAAUCUUUACUCCGCUAAUGUACAAGAGGUAAGAGGGAGAGAGAGAAAGAGAGACGGAAGAUUAUUGUGAUGUUUGGCUAAUCGUGUUGGAAGACCUCGCGCUGUUUUUUUUUAUGUACUCGGUUUGAUGAUUAGUGUUUGACGUUGUAUGUCCCAAGCCGAGAGGAAAAUUCGACUCGAGUGCAAAUUAUACAUGUAGAGGAUGUACGAUUCAAUAUAAUAUUCACUUUGCGAACGUGAUCACUUGUGAUCAAUAUUGCUAUUAUUAAUGUGAACUUGCCUAGUAGAUAUUCUUACGCGGUUCUUUUAUCUCUGUCUAGUAUUGAGAGCGAGAGAUAGGUUAAGCAAAAGCUUGAGUUAGAAUGUGAUAGUUUUCCAGUUGUUUUAGUACGACAAAACUUGAAUUUUAAAAAGAAAGUUUUUCAAAACACUUUCAAAAUCGGAUGAUUUUUGAUCGUACAGUGUCCACUUUCGUAGCUCGUUAUUUUUGCCCAAUAGCACAUACAAGAGAGUACAUUGGAAGCAACAAUGUUAAUUAGCAACUUUUCCACACAAUGUAUCUACAUGUAUGUAUAUAUGUAUGGUAUAUGCAUGUAAAAGUGAGAGAGAAGAAGCAGUUCUAGUUUCUCUAAUUUAAAUUUGGAAGCCUACAUGGAUAUACUUCUUCAGGCUGAGUUUUCUUCGAUAGGACACUUCAGAGCUUUAGUUACUCCUUUUUCGUAUGUUAGAUUCAACGGAGCUUUGUCGUUAAAAACGUGAUAAUUAUCACAUGAUCCUAGUAUACAAGUGAAUCAACUGAUAUUUACUACAAAUUAUAGAAAGUGAAAGAAAACAAGAUGGUAGCUGCAUUUAAUUCUAGCUGGUUGUUUUAUGUUAGAUGUACAUAUUUUAAAUUAGAAGCUGAUUAAGAUUGUACAAUACACCAGCAAUCAUGAAAAAAGCUGGUAAUGCAGCUAUCAGGAUUAAUUCCUUACACAUGGCAAAAGGAAAAAUAAAGACAAUUGAUGGUAAUAACAAGCUUAUGCCAUCAUCCAAUGGUGGAUACAAAGGAACAGAAAUGUUCACAACAGAGUUUGAAAUUAACGAAACUCCACCGAGUGCAAGAACCUUACUAACAAAAGGUUACAUACAGGAUGAGAUCAAUUCCUUUUCAGGUGCAACAGUAUCCACUCGUGGGCGCUUCAUGACUGAACAGGAGAAAGCAAGAUGUCCUCAUGAACGUCCACUAUACUUGUACAUACAAGGACAUUCAAAGCACAAUAUCGAUUUGGCUGUACAAAAGAUUAAUGAUAUCAUUAAGACUGAACAUAGGAGUUCUUUAAAUAGACCAAGUCGAUUUACAAAUGCACCUCCACCAUUGAUGAGCCUACACUCAGGAGUUCCAACUGUUGAAAAACUUUGCAUUGGUAUCGAAAAUGCACCGCAAGGAUUUGAUUUGCGCGGGCGGAUUAUUGGAGUUGGCGGUGCUAACUUAUUGUACAUAAGAGGUGAAACGGGUGCUACAGUUAGUUUGAGAGGACGUGGUUCACAGCUUAUUGAUCCUGGAUUAGGAACUGAAUCUCCAGAACCCCUUCACUUGUGUAUAGAACAUCCAAAUCCUGUGGCAUUACAAAAUGCUAAACAGUUGGCUAUCAACUUGAUUCAGACUAUACAGUCAGAAUUACAAUCUUACAUUCAGCAACAACCUCCACCUGUUCAACAACAGGUGAUUCAACAACCUCCUAUGCAACAAAUACAACCAGCUCAAUUUCAAACAAUGACGAUUGGUCAACCAAGCGUCGUAACUAUACAUCAAGAUAUGAUACCGCAUCCUCAGAGCACAGUUGUAUCAAUGCCAGCCACAAUAAUAACAGCUACAGUUGCUGGGACUCAUGGACAACUUCAUCCUACCGGAGUUCAUAUUGCAGCUCCUGCUGGACCAAUGCCACAAUCAGAUCAACCUCAAGAAAUGCAAACGUUCGUUCCUCCUCCAGCGGUUGGUCAAGUGCAAUUGAUAGGUCCUCCCCCAGGAGUCAACCAGGUUCAGUACCAAAUACAUCCUGGUCAACCAUUACCAAUGCAAGGGAUGCCUCCACCUGGAUCUCAGAAUUCCCCGCAACCUAUGACACAGAUGUACGUCAUGAGUCAACCACCUCCCCAACAAACUUUUAUCAGUAGCAGUGCGGGUGCAAUCAAUGGGGCUGUGUCUUAUGUGUAUACUCAGCCGAGGUCAGCAACUCCUACGCAAACUAUGAUCGAGACUGUGAAUGUUAAUUUACAACAACCCCCUCCUUCAGGUCCUAUCAACGUGAAUCAACAACCACCGCCACCACCGUCUUUAAUGCACGUUCACUUUCCACCACCAUUUCCACCGAAUCAGCCACCUCCGCCUAUUUCACAAACUUAUCAGAUUCAGUACCAACCGGUACAAACUUCGGUGGCUCAAGCACCAACUCAGUUUAUAGUUCAUCACAGUGAAGCUCCACCUCAACAAAUGCCACCGAACCACGAGCCACCUCAAGGCAUGGGUCCACCACCACCACCGCCACAGCAUAUGCCACCGCCACAGUUCGACGGUCAACCUCCACCUCCGCAAAUGCAGAUGCAUGCGCCUCCACCCGCUUCGCAAGGUUACAUGGUGCCAACAUCUCAGGCCAUGGCCGAACACGGACCGCAACCACCAUUGCCACCGCCAGGUGGAGAGAUGCAGCACCCUCAAGAUGUAGGUCCAGUGGAUCAAGGCAUGCCACCACAGCCAGUUCCUCCACCUCAGAUGGUUCCACCUCCGGCAGUUAAUCAAAUGCAACAUUCCAUGAAUAUCAUAACAAGUGUACCGCCACCAUCUCAUCCGCCACCGCAAGCAGCUCCGUGGCUUUAUCAAGGACAACCGCUACCACAACCGCCUCCUCCUCAGGGACAAAUGCAGGUACCAGCAUCUAAUGUGCCGCAUCAUCCUGUACCUCCACCCGAAAUGCAACCUCAAAUGCAAUAUCAUCCUCAUCAACCAGUUCAUUAUCAAAAUGGACAAAUGCAACCACCGCAAAUGCAUUAUGCCGUUCAACCACCGCCGCCGCAGUCCCAUUUUGAUCAAAAUUCAGAUCUACCUGAACAUCAUAAAGGUCAAGGUCUCAAGAGAAGAUUCUCUGAUGUCGAUGGGCCACCUGAACCUAUGAUGCAUCCAAUGAAUAGGCCACCGACUCAACGACAUGGUGCUGGAGAAGGUGAUCAGCAGCAGCACGUGAUGCAUGGCCCACCAGGAGCGAAUCUACCGCCGGGCGAACGCAAGCAGCUGCUAAUGCCGCCACCUUACCAAGAUGAAAGACGUGGCAUGGAUCAACCAUUUCCGGGUCAUAAUCCAGGCUGUGAGCAGCCGAUGAACGGCGAGCACGGCAGACCGCCACCACCACCUCCUGGGAUGCCAUGGCAGACGCAUUUCGCGCGUUACCCACCGAAUAGGCCGCCACCAAUGCCACGCGAAGGCGAGCAACAUCCUGUUCCUUAUCAUGGCGCACCUCCGCCUAUUAACAUGCCGCCUCCCCCGCCGCAGAUGAGACUUGUUCAGGGGUCUGACGGGAGUCGAUCACCUAGUCAAAACGCGUUGCCCGAGCAUCAGGUGAGUGGAGCUAUGGAGUACAACCUUAUGUCACCAUAUACAGCGAUGAAGCCACCACCACCACCGGCAGCCCUGGUGGCUUCGAUAUGUAAUCCGCCACCACCGCCACCAUCGCCGCCCACCUAUACGCAGUCACGCCACCCACCAAGGAUGCAUCAUCCACGGUACCACGCAUCAGCACCGCCAUGGAUGAACUAAAAUCCGCAAACGAGAGCAAUAAAUCAAAGCACCUUGAGUUUUGUGUAAAAAAAGCAACAGUGGCGAUGCUCUUCUUUUUUUUAUAAAUCAUCGCAAGCAAUGAUGGUGUGUAAUCCGUAGAGAGCGUACUUACGAGAAUACUUAAGUAGAUGAUUCGACUGAAAACCUUUAUAUAUUUGGUGAAAUAUUUCUUUUCAUCGGGAGCGUAAAAAACGAGACUUUUUUUUCAACUGUGUCGCGGUUAACAUAGGUAGUUAUAUGAAAAUUUUCAAAAGUUGCAAUAUUAAUAUUCCGAUCGAUGUGCCUAAAUUCUGUGCAAUUACUUGCAUACAUUCGAGGUAAAAUUAAUGUCGACUGAUCAAACUCCAAACAAAAAAUCAACAAAGUAACAAUGUAUAUUAGUCAAUUAAGGUUUCUUUGUUAAAACGUGCGAAUGAAAAGUCUCGUUUUUGCAUUUGGAGUAACAUAACAUUCAGUCUUGAAAAAUAAUCGAGAUUCUAACAUGUUAUGAAAGCGUAUGUUUCGUUGUAAAUUUACUUUUGUUUUGCAAAUACACAGAUGUAUAGUAUAUAGACUUAUAAGCCAAAUGAAAAUAAAAAAAAAUUAGUUAUUUCGUUUAUGCCGUUUUGUAUAAAGUGCAUCAAUGACGAAAGACUACACGGAUUUUCUAGAGUCCACAUAAAAAAAAAAAUUUGUUCGAUGCAGUGGUAGUGCCGGUCAACUCAUUAAAUUUCAAGUGAAUCAUUUGAAUGAUAUUUUUUCAUAGAAACUAUUUUGUAAAUACGCGUAAAUAAGUUAACAAAAAGUACUACUUGUUAAGUAAAAAAUCCAACGUCUUUGUAAGCUUCGUACCAAUUUUUAUUUGUCACUGUUGGAAUAGUUAUUUUUGCAGAGUGUAAAGUAACGUUUCUUAAUUUUUCGGUAUAGUGUAAAAUGAAUGCAAUGAUAAACAACUGUCAUUCGGUGUAAGUAUUUGCAGGGUCACAGACAGCUUGGAAAAGUACUGAAAUUCUUUUUGCCAAAAUAUAAUUGCAAAGUUGCUGUUUGAUUUUGCUUUAUUAAAUAUGUGUGUGUAAGCAUUGAAAUUAUAAAAGAAAGGUGUGUCCGAUGAAUGAUAAAAACAAACAAAAAUUGUAAUAUUUGUAGAUGGAUUUUUAUAUUCAAUAAGCAGCUUACUUAGUUAUACUUUUUUGUAAAUAGAUAAAAGUUGAUGGCGUAACCAUCGUAAUAAGUGAUAAGCAGAUUAAUGCUGUUGCCAUUGAGCGAAAGAAAAGAAACGAUUGAAAAAAAAACUUACGGCGAUUCUCUGAACUUAUAUGUGUUAAGUAUGGUCGCGUUGUAAAUAGUUUCAUUGAAGAGUUUGGAGUAUAAGAAAGUCACUUUAUUCCAAUACGCUAGUAUUAAGUGUAUUCAAAUUAAAAAGAAAUAAUAAUGAUAAGGAAGCUUGCUGUAACUCCAAAAUCUUCAAAGACGGCAUAUUCAGUGUUAAAAUUUACCUCCGAGGGCAAUUCUGCACUGCUCGAAAAAUGCUGGAAUAUGUUUUUUGGGUGCGACAUUUUAUUUAUUGAUCACCGUAUUGUUAUCGAAUUGUAUUUUAUAUUUCAAUAGUGAAAAAAUAAAU